AUGGGAGGAGUGUGCAGAGCUUGGGAAGAAGACAUUUACUGGACACAUUUUCAAUUCAUCCAUUUCACCCAAUUUCUCCGCUCUGAUUUUCAUCAACAACUUGCACUUCCCAAAACAUUUUCUAACAAUAUAAAGAAGAACUUGCCAGAAAGUGUGAGCCUAAAAGGUCCUGCUGGAAUGCUUUGGAAUAUAGAGCUGACAACUAAAGGCGAUACCAUGUACUUCACGCACGGUUGGCAACAAUUCAUGAAAGAACACUCUUUGAAAGAAAAUGAUUUCCUUGUCUUUAAGUACAACGGUGAAUCGUUGUUUGAGGUUUUAAUCUUUGAUGGCGGGAGUUUAUGUGAGAAGGCAGCUUCUUAUUUUGUUCGAAAAUGUUGGCAAGCUGCCAAUACUGAACAAGGGGGUGGAUGUUCGGGCAAGAAAAGGGACUCAGAUAACUCUGUUGAAGAAGUUAACACUCCUAAUGGUGUUGAUGAAGGUGUUUCACCUGAGAAAUCUUUGCACCUUAAUAGUAUCAGAGUGCCAAUUGAUGUGCCUGUCGAAACAACUAAUGGCAAGACUUCUAAUGCUGGUGUUGAAUCUGCUUCUGCCGAGCCAUUCAUGCCUGAUGCAGUCCCUGAUACUGAGCCAAAAACUGUUCCCUCCCAAACAACUGCUAAACGGACGAGGAGGAGACCUGUUUGUGCCGAUACGUCUGUCCCGACAAAGAAGAGAGGAAGACGACCAAAAACCGAUAAUUCUGUUGAAGACAUUAACACUCCUAAUGGUGUUGAUGAAGGUGUUUCACCUGAGAAAUCUUUGCAUGUUAAGAGUAUCAGAGUGCCAAUUGAUGUGCCUGUCGAAACAACUAAUGGCAAGACUUCUAAUGCUGGUGUUGAAUCUUCUCCCGCCGAGCAAUUCAUGUCUGAUGCAGUCACAGAUACCGAGCCAAAAACUGUUCCCUCCAAAACAACGGUUAAACGGACGAGGAGGAAGCCUGUUUAUGCCAAUAUGUCUGUCCCAAUUAAGAAGAGAGGAAGACCAGCAAAAACCCCUAAUUCUCACAAGAGAGCUCAUGAUUGUGUGUCUGGUGCUGAACUUUCUCCCAAGGUUUCUCCUAAGGCCUCUCCAAAGGUUGGAUUUUGGACCAAGGAACUAUAUACUUCAAAUAGGAGGCCUGUCACAAAAAAUGAGAUUGAAAAUACACUUCAGUUGGCCCAGGCAAAAUGUGCCAAAGACACCUUGCUUGUAACUAUGCGACCUACGCAUGUAUACAAGAGAUUCUUCAUGUCAUUCCCUAAUAAGUGGAGAAUAAACCAUCUUUCUCCGUCAUCUCAAGAUGUGAUAUUACGUAUGGGUAAGAGUGAAUGGCUUGGGAAAUACUGCUAUCAUAAUAUUCGCAACAAUGGAGGACUCACUGGUGGGUGGAAAUAUUUUGCACUUGAAAAUAACCUUGAAGAGUUUGAUGUGUGUUUGUUUAAGCCUGCUGGUUAUAUGGACAAAACUUUGAUCUUAGACAUUACCAUUUUUAGAGUUGUUGAGGAGAUUACUCCUCUUACUGCGAUGAAUUCUCCGCAAAAGAAGAGUUCAAUUAAGAAAACACCAACCGGACUGAAUUCUCGGGAAAAGAAGAGUUCAUUUAAGAAAACACCUACGAGUGCUGUCCAAACAGAACUCGAGUCCUUUGAACCACUAGUAAAGAAGAGAGGAGUUAACAUAACAGUGACCAGUGCUGUACAAACAGAACUUGACUCCAUUGAAGGUGCGUAA